UAGGUUUAACGCAGGUUAAGACGAAGAAAUAAUACAAAUUCGAGUUGAUUUAAGCCAACUGGAGUGCAAACUUCAACUACUGGACUUCCGGUACGUGGCAGGGGGCACCGGUGGGCAAGUGGGCGUGGUGCGAGCCCAAUGGGCCCACCGUUUUCACCCAGGAUCUUGAUUGGGAGGACAGACAGCCAGACAACAAAGGGGGAAACGAGAGCUGCGUCCACUUCCGCUUCGUUUUAAACUACACAGGCGCUGUCUUGACUGACAGGAACUGCUCCAACAAAUAUAUUUUCGCUUGCAAGGGUCAACUGAGCACAACUUCGAAGCCGUGCGUUGCUCCCUGUCCACAAACCAUCUGCCAAAGAGACUAUAGCCUUUUCGACACAGAACAAAUCCUCUAUAACUAUUUUUCGUACGGCAACUGGUACGAUGCUUGCGGCAGAAAUUUUCUAAUUUACAGAAAGAACAUGUCAACGUGGGAGACUGCCCGGACUCAUUGCUGCAGUGUUGGUUUGACCCUGGCCUCGAUGGAGUCGACGGGAAAAGCGAAUUGUUUUUCCAAAAUCGUCUCCAAGUUUGCUCCCGUGACCUUUGGCGACUUCUGGCUUUCCGGCACGGACCUGGACUGCGAUUCGAACUUCCGGUGGUGCUCGAUGAACCGUGCCUUCGAGGAGGCUGAGCUCAGGUGGAAGGUUGGUCACCCUGUAAAAGGCCUGGAUUGCGUUUACCUCGAAGUGAGAAACGAAUCUUUGCUUUUGGCCACUGCCGACUGCGCCGAAAAGAAAGACUUUUUGUGCGAGGUGCGCAAGAAGGCCACCUCUCAAAAGGCCAUGCAAACAGAGUGCGCAGAAAUCUGGAACAUCACCUCACAGCAAAUCGACCUGCUUUUGAACGCGAGCGCCUUCCUAGCGACCUCUUUCUCACUCAAUCUCAAGUGCUUUUUGAAAUGCAUCGGAGUCGAAGUUGGAUCGUUUGACAUCGGGAGCGGUUUGAACAGCAUCAAAAUGUUGCGGGAAAUAGAACUCGUGUCGCAGGAGGAGCCGACGAGGCUUCAACAGGGAUUUGUCGCGCACGACGAAUGCAGUGGAAAAAAACUUGACGACGAAUGCGUGACUGCGUACGAGACGUUCAAGUGCGGCCAGGAGAAGGAGCCCGCGUUGCUCUCAGAAAUCGUGCAAAAUAAUUUCGGCAAUAGCACCAUAGUUCGCAUAGAAAUUAUUUCAAAGUUGAAGAUUUUAGCAGAGUAAAAUUUCAGUUCAAACCACCGACUCCUCGCGUUCCUCCGCCCCGGACUUGUUGGAUCUCGAAUGCAUUCCCUUGCGUGAAAAAUCAAACUGCCACCGAUCUUUUAAACAAAACUCGUUAUGAUGGCAAUGGAACCUUGAUGACGAAUAACAAUAUGACGGUCUACGUCUCAAAUAUGGUUGCAUCUCUGAAUCCGAUUGAUGCGUACAAACACUGCUGCUCAAUUGGAAUGAAGAUGCUGGAGCCCGAAACCAGGGCAGAAUCUAACUUUAUCAUGUCAACCUUUUCGAGUAAUCAUUACGCACUGGUGGGUGAAACGGAGUUCAUCAACCAGUCGCACGAGGUGUGGUGCCAAAGCCGCAAAGUCUUGCCGGACAACAUGUACUACGACCUACAAUCCAGGUACCCAAGCGCGCCGUCGAUCCUCACAGCGGAUCACUUCAGUAGAGGUUUUAUGUCUGUGACCAUGGCUGGCUCUGACAUCGUCGAUUAUUUCUUAUACCCGGAGAAGUACAACUUCACUUACACUGGAUUGAAUAAAUUCCUCUGCGUUGAAACCUAGCGAAAAGACGCAAAAAUCAAGAUUGUCUAGGUUUUUCGAGAGAUUGAGUUUUAUUUGCA